AUGAUGGAAAUGUGUUCAGAUAAUAUUUUUAAUGAAAUAUUGAAUGAUGAACUUCCUUUAUUUGAUCAAAGCCAUCUUUCCCUCCAAGAGUUCGAACUUCCUGUAUACGACCAGCCAAUUCCUACCCAACCUGAAAAAUUCGACAUAAAACCUAGAGAAUUCUCUGCUAGUGAUCCAAUAUUCAAAAAAUUGGUAAAUUACAAAAGAAAACUAAACAAUUUAAGGGAUGUGGCCGAAAAUAUUAAUAAAAAACAAAUGGAAAUCAAAGAGUUACAUUUUGAUUUUGCCCGAAAAAUAUAUAGAGGUUUUACAGCAAGGUAUCAUAGUCAAUAA